AUGCCGUGCCCAGGCAUAGAUGCCUUCGUGGACAACGGCGCCUUUUGGGCGAGCUUCGUGGUCUUCGCAGGCUAUGGCUUAGCAAUUGCGCCUUUCUCCUACCUGCUGUCAUUCCUCUUUUCGAAGCACACCUCAGCGCAGAUCCUUUCCCUGGUGGUGAACUUCCUCACGGGCCUCCUGCUGAUGCUGACCAGCUACAUCCUGAACCUGAUUGAGAGCACAAAGGACGUCAAUGCAUCGCUGAUGUGGAUCUAUCGGCUCUUUCCGGGCUUUUGUCUCGGGCACGGCCUCUUCGAGAUCUGCACCAACUCGGUGAUUUCCGAGCAGCUGGGCGUUGAGGAUAUCCAUCUGCUGGGCUGGGGCGUGGCCGGCAAGGAUGCCCUCUUCCUGUACCUCCUCGCACCGAUCUACUUCGCUUUAGCUGUGCUCGUGGAUGUUGUGGCGCACUCACCUCUGGCAGCCUGGUCUCGCCAUCUGGAUCCUGUUGGUAACGAAGUGCCGGCAGAGGAGGACGAGGAUGUCGCCAAUGAGCGGCGGCGAGUGUCAGAGAGCGACGCGGACGUGGUUCGCCUUUUGGGACUGCGCAAGGUCUACCGCACGCCCGAGGGCCAUCCCAAGGUGGCCGUACACUCGCUGAGCUACGGGCUCCCGAAGGUCAGGGCAGGUCUGCGCUUUGCGGAGGAGCAUGGCGGAAUGGGGCAGGCCAUGAACGGCCGGGAUGGCUGGGAUGAGCCACAGGCGGGAAAGAUGCCGAACGUCCCCGACCAUGGUUCCUCAGAGGAUGAGGGCCAUCCGCACGUGGCAGAGGUGAGCGAUACACAUAUUCUCAAGGAAGUGUACCACGACAACGCAAAAUACAAGAAUAAGCUCUCGAAGAUGAUCCGGGACUACGACCUGCGCUUCGGGGGAAAGGCGGCCGAGAUUCAAGCGGCUCUGAAGGUGGAUCCGAAUACGUUCACCGGAACCCGCCUUGCCCUGCAUCGUUGGAUCUCGUGGUGGGGCUUUGACACACUUAUUGGUGUGGUGAUCCUGGGAAACUCAGUGGUGAUCGGAUUCGAGUCGUCCGUCCGAGCAGAGAUGCCGUUGGGCUGCACAGGCGACUGCUUGUGCCAGAAUCAACUCGAUCCGACUCUGACUUGCACGGGCGUUCCUCUCUGGAUCAUUCUGGCGGACUACGGGUUCUAUGCCGUUUAUCUGACGGAGUUCAUCCUGCGUUUGGGAGUCUACGGGGUCUUUGUGCUCAAGAGCCACUGGGUGAAGUUCGACGGGUUCCUGGUUUGCGCCUCAACACUGGACAUCAUCGUGGGCUUAGUCAGCAACAGCGAGUUUCUGAACCAGGUGAUGCUGGUCGGAGCCUAA